UUGAUCUUUAUUUUGCAUUACAUAAUUAAUCAAACAUCUUUAUCAGCUUAGAAUAAAUACGAGAGACAACAAAGAAAAAUACAAUAAACAUCUUACAUGUUAUGUACCUGUUUUUACACAUAAUAAUAAAAUAGUGCUUAUUUAAAUGUUCUCAAUACGCAAACUCUGAAAACAAUGAUGUUUUUACAGGAAGAAGCAAAAGCUUGUUUAGAACAGAAAGUUCAGGAAUUUGAAGAAUCUACAAGAUGUCAACAUACUGAAAAACACAAAAGCCAAGUAAACUCUAUUGUAUCUGGUGGAUUAUUGACUCCAAAACAAAAACUAACAAAUGACUGUAGUGACAACUUGAACAAGAAGAAAAGGAGGAUGAGUUCAAAGGAGUUUGAAGUUGGUACGUCUGUUGAAGCAUUUUGGUAUCCAGACAAGUGUUGGUAUACUGCAAAAAUAUUAAUGAAGACAGGAAAAGGUAAGUAUUGUUUUAUUAAAACAAAACUUAGAUGACAAAUGUUAUCAGAUUUGAUAUCAGACUGUACAAAGAUCAUUCUGUCGUAUAAAGAAAUAAAAGUGGAAAUGUUUUGUACUCAAUCAACACAUGCAAGUUGAAAAAAAUCAUUUUAGUAAAGGUUUUCAAAUCAUGGUAGCAAUCCUGAUUAAGCAAUUCAACAAAAAAAGUCAUGACGUUUAUUUUUACAGAAUAAUACUUGUACGAAACUUUUUUAGUUAUGAACUGUUUUAAAUCCAUUUGCCAACCGAACGCCCAAUAUCAAAUUUACUGUAAUACAGAACUUUUCAAAAGCACUACUUUUAAGCGUUACAUCGCCCUGAACAUGCUAUUUCCAGCUGGACGUAUUUUUAUAGAUCUUUUUUAAGCUAGUCACAUUUUUUUACGUUUUAAAAUGUCCUUUUUUAAAUGAGCUCAUUGCGGCUUUAUAAUGGUCGAAAAGAUAAUAUUCCACAGACUCAAUAUGAUGAAAAUCAUAUUUUUUUUUAAAGAAACAGUAGUAGCACCAGUAAACCGGUUAAUCAGUUGAUCAGUUAGGGUCAAACAUUCAUUCAAACAUUAAGUCAUAUUAAGUCAGGGUCAAAGUUAAUAAGGUCGGGUCAAGCAUAUUUGACAUCACAAAUCUACAUUGUACUAUAUUUAAUUUUACAAGGACCAGAGCAGAAGAUUCUGGCAGUCAUGUAUUCUAAAACCAGGAUUUAGGACACUAAAUCUAUCUGAAAAUAUACCGAUAAAACAUAACAUGCUAUAUAAUCACAAAUACUCCGAUAAAACAUAACAUGCUAUAUAAUCACAAAUACUCCUGUAAAAACAUAACAUGCUAUAUAAUCACAAAUACUCCUGUA